AACGGCCUUAGCGUGGUACGUUGAGGAGGUUAGGGGCGAGUUCCGGGUAAACUCCUUGGGUUAUCGAAUCCAAAACCCUAACCCCAAGUAACUCCGCAGUUUGGCGCCAACUGCGAGCCGAGGUAUCCCGUCCCUCCUUCCCUUGCAGGGGUAAUCCAGGUUUCUGGAUAAGUAUUGAUAAGAUGGUUCAAUACAACUUCAAGAACAUCACGGUUGUGCCAUCUGGGAAAGACUUCAUUGACAUUAUCCUUUCCCGCACUCAGCGCCAGACUCCAACAGUAGUCCAUAAGAGGUAUGCGAUCUCCCGCCUACGCAGCUUCUACAUGCGGAAGGUGAAGUUCACCCAGCAGAACUUCCAUGAGAAGCUCUCUACCAUCAUUAAUGAGUUCCCUCGGCUGGAUGACAUCCACCCAUUGUAUGGUGAUCUCCUCCAUGUCCUCUACAACAAGGAUCAUUACAAGCUUGCCGUAGGCCAGGUCAACACUGCUAGAAACAUCAUUACAAGGAUUGCAAAAGACUAUGUAAGGUUGCUUAAGUAUGGGGACUCAUUGUACCGAUGCAAGUGCUUGAAGGUUGCUGCUCUUGGUCGCAUGUGCACUGUUAUAAAGCGCAUCGGUCCAAGCUUGGCUUACUUGGAGCAAAUACGUCAGCACAUGGCCAGGCUCCCCUCUAUUGACCCCAAUGCUCGUACCGUUCUAAUCUGUGGGUUCCCGAAUGUUGGAAAGAGCUCUUUUAUAAAUAAGAUCACCAGGGCUGAUGUGGAUGUCCAGCCGUAUGCCUUCACAACCAAGUCCUUAUUUGUUGGUCACACAUAUUACAAGUGUCUUCCUUACCAAGUGAUUGACACUCCUGGGAUUCUUGACUGACCAUUUGAGGACAGAAACAUUAUAGAGAUGUGCAGCAUCACGGCAUUGGC